UAUCGUGAGCAGCAUAUCCAUGAAAUGCCCAAGGAUCUGUAAUUUUCUGACAAAUGCAUGGAAUGCAUGGGCAGGAAAACCUUUUUGGAACUGCUGAGUGACCUCUCUCACGGCAGAAACUGAGAGCUUCACCAUCCUGAGAGCUAUAUUCCCCACUUACAAGCAGAAAACAUGGAAAAUGGUGUCUUGGAAGAAACUCAGUUCCAGCUCAUGGAGCAGGACACCAUGCCAGAUAAGAGGAUAAUCAGGAGAAGCCAGUGGUCAAAAAAAGCAGAAUAUUUCCUGUCUGUUGCUGGAGAAAUUGUUGGGCUUGGAAAUGUCUGGAGAUUCCCUUAUCUCUGUUACAAAAAUGGAGGAGGAGUCUUUUUAGUCCCCUAUUUGCUUUUUCUGUUGACUUGUGGUGUUCCUUUGUUCCUCCUGGAGACGGCUUUGGGUCAAUACACAAGUACUGGAGGCAUCAUCUGCUGGAGGAAGAUCUGCCCCUUGUUUGAAGGUAUUGGCUAUGCCAGUCAGUUUGUCAUCAUAUUCAAUAAUGUCAGCUACGUCAUCAUCCUGGCAUGGGCCCUCUUCUAUCUCUUCCACAGUUUCAGCUCAGAGUUACCCUGGGCCAGCUGCAACAACACCUGGAAUACAGCUGACUGCAAACAAUUUGACCAGGAUGACCUCACUAUCAACUGGACAAAGCAGGAGAAUGGCACCUCACCAGCAAAGGAGUUCUGGGAAAACCAGGCACUGAAGAUCUCUAGCGGGAUUGAAGAAAUCGGUGGUCUACACUGGCAGAUGGCUCUGUGCCUUCUACUCGCCUGGAUCAUCUGCAGCUUCUGCAUCUGGAAAGGAAUUAAAUCCACAGGAAAGGCAGUGUACUUCACAGCCACGUUCCCCUAUGUGAUUCUGCUCAUCCUCCUGGUACGGGGGCUGACAUUACCUGGUGCUAAGGAUGGAAUCAUCUUCUACCUAUAUCCAGAGCCAUCUCGACUUGCAGAUCCACAGGUAUGGAUGGAUGCUGGAGCUCAAGUUUUCUUCUCUUACACCUUGUGUGUUGGCUGCCUAAUAGCACUCAGCAGCUACAACAAGUAUACAAAUGACUGCUACAAGGACUGCAUUCACUUGUGUUUGCUGAAUGCUUCAACAAGUUUCUUAUCUGGGUUCGCCGUUUUCUCUACAUUGGGUUUCAUGGCAUAUGAGCAGGGAGUGCCCAUUGAGGAGGUGGCCGAGUCUGGACCGGGCCUUAUCUUCAUUGUGUACCCAUAUGCUCUUUCCAUGAUGCCCCUACCGCAACUUUGGUCCUGCUGCUUGUUCGUUAUGGUUAUCCUCUUAGGAUUGGACACUCAGUUUGUGUGCAUGGAAAGUAUUUUGACAGCCAUUGUGGACAUGUUCCCUCAUCUAUUUCAAAAAGAAAGAAGACGACAACUGCUGUUGGGAGUCACCAGUGUCCUCUCCUUCUUAGUGGGGCUUCUAAUGGUCACUGAGGGUGGGAUGUACAUCUUCCAGCUUAUUGACUAUUAUGCAUGUAACGGCACCUGUCUUAUGUUUAUUGGUAUCUUUCAGUCCAUAUGCAUUGGAUGGGUGUACGGUGCUGACCGCCUGUAUAAAAACAUUGAAGAUAUGAUUGGUUAUCGUCCCUGGCCUCUGAUUAAAUAUUGCUGGACUUUCUUCACACCAAUCAUUUGCAUCGGUACUUUCAUUUUCUCACUGGUGGAUUACACCCCACUGAAAUACAACAAUGUUUAUGAGUAUCCAUACUGGGCUUAUGUUCUUGGCUGGGUCCUUUCUAUGUCUUCUAUCACCUUGGUACCACUUUGGAUGCUCUUGAAGUUGACACUGGCAAAAGGAACUCUGCGUGAGCGUUUGGUCUCACUGUGCCAGCCCAGCAUCCAGUCAGACAUAUGCAGAACCCAGAGGAGAGCAAACAGUGGAGGACCCGACUCAUCUGCGUAGUAGAAGCAUGUCUGUCAAAAGAAGAUCUCCAAAAUAAAACACUAAGACCCUAUUAAAAGAAUAUUCCAUCCCAAAAUGUGUUUGUCACACAGCAGAGCUCUGUCCUACACACAAUCUAAAGAUAUCUCAAUGAUUAGAUUGCAUUUUUGACAGCAAAUUAUUCUCUGUGGUUGUGUUGAAAUAAUCAUAAAAAUGUUUAUCACAAUUACUGGUUGUCAGGAUCUCUGAGGCAUAAUAAUUAUUAUUUUAGACAAGCAUUAACUGGAACUAUCAUUAAGCCGCUAUAAACAUUAUGGAUGUCAGACCUCUACCUAUACACAUUGGAAUUAUUAGUGCUUUAAUGUAAGGCUGCAUUAUUUAGUAACUACCUCAGCUUCCCUGGAGGAAAAAUACAUUUCUACAAAUUUGUAUUAUUAAAAUCUAUUUAAAAUAAACUA